AUGAGGAUUCUUGUCCUGCGUCGCCUACACCAGCAGGGUGAAGAAGCACCUGUCAGCUGGGGGGAGGACGCUGAUGUCCUCAUUCCUGAGUCACCUUCGCCAUCAUGGCUGUGUUCCAAGGAUGAUGAGGUUGUCCUUCAGUGUUCCACCGUAGUCUUCAACGAACAGCUGAAGUUAUGCCUGGCUACCGAAGGCUUUGGGAAUCGGCUCUGUUUUCUGGAACCUACCUCUAAUGCUCAGAAAGUCCCUCCGGACCUGGCAAUAUGCUGCUUCAGUUUGGAACAAUCCUUGUCUGUACGAGCUCUUCAGGAAAUGCUGGCCAAUACUGUGGAAGCCGGGGUUGAGUCCUCACAAGGCGGUGGACAUCGGACUCUGCUGUAUGGACACGCUAUUCUUCUCCGGCAUUCCCACAGCGGCAUGUAUUUAAGCUGCCUGACCACCUCGCGUUCCUUGACGGAUAAACUCGCCUUCGACGUGGGCCUUCAAGAAGAUGCUUCAGACUCCAACCCAGGGGAAGCGUGUUGGUGGACCAUCCAUCCUGCCUCGAAGCAGCGGUCGGAAGGGGAGAAGGUGCGCGUGGGGGACGACCUCAUCCUCGUCAGCGUCUCCUCCGAGCGGUAUCUGGUGCGUGUACCAAAAUGCCUUUGA